AUGCCCGGGACGCCCCCGCUUCUCCCUCUCGAGGUGUCCUCCGCGUCCUUCUUCCGUCUCGAGUGCAGCCAUCCUCAGCUCUUCCAGUCCGAGUACAAGCGGAGCAAUCGCACGAAGGGCCUCAAAAUUCUCAGGUGCUUCCCACACUGCUGCCCUGAGCAUAUUGACCGCAGCUACUGCGGCACUUCUUUGAGUGUACGCGUAGAUUUAUCGGUAUCUCCAUCUGCCGCGUCGGCAGAGCCGCUGCCUUGUGAGAACAUAGCUGUCUUUGCACGCUUCGAGGCUGUGAAUGACGUAAGUCUCCGACCUAGCGAGUGCGUCGAGGUUGAAACGAUGGUGGCUGGGACGCAAUCCGAAGACAAUUUGGAAGGCCAGUGGGUCGAGGGAAUACGUGAUCGUCCGUCUGGACUGGUGACCACCCUUCGUGCUCCAGGCACGUCAUCUGAUGAACAGAUUUUGCUCGUGUUCCAUUUGAAUGGCAAACCGUUUUCCCGCUGGUAUUACGACUGGGAGAGCGGCGCCAACAAGGCUCAGCGAUUGAUGAAACAUGUCCUGAAGGCUUACGUCUUUGAGCACUGUGCUGUUGAUGCGAACGACGACUUUGUAAGCUUUACGAGCCGCCAAGCUUAUAAACAGCUCUAUCGAGUGCUUCACGUCGUGUCGUCACCAGAAUUCACCGUCAUUUCAUACCGUCGUGCACCUUCCGAUCCCUACCAUACCGCGCUCUUGCCGCCACAUUCGAUACCGGGGGAUGAAAUGCUGACGCAUGAAGAUACGCGACUUUCGCACACUUCAAUGGCUGUCAAGGUAGAGCCUUCACUCGCACAGACAGACCAGGUAACACUAGAGCGCUCGCCGGAGGUUCCAGCCCAACUUUCGCCAUCGACGGGCGUAUAUGGACAGAACAGCGCAGCUUUUCGUUUGGAGUACUCACAUGUGGUCAUCAUGUCAGUGGCAAAAAAUCUUGCACUAGCCUACUCUUUUGCCCGUUGGUUGCCAGUGAGCGCGUACUCCCCAAUUUUCGACGAGCUUGUUGAAGUGGCUAAACACAGCUUUCAAGAAGCAUUUGUGGAAGUUCCCGGCAAUUUGGGUAAGCUCAACAAUCUCAUGCAGCUUCUGUAUGAACACAUCCAAAGCCAAAAAGAAAAUGUGCUACAUUGGACGAAGGUUUCUCAACAGUUUGAAACAUUGCUACUAGUGCUGGCGCAGGGUCUAAAGUGGAUGUUCUCGAAAGAAACACGGACAUGGAUUCAUACUUUCCUCCGUCAGAAUGCCCGCUCGCUUCUCGACAAACGCGCUUUGCGUGCAUGUUUUGUGAUCUUCAUUCACAAACUACAAGAUCGCCUCGAGAAGCAAGUACUUGUCCACACAAAGCUGCGUUCUCUUGAAAACGUUGCCGACGAAGUCAUCGCAGUCGUCUACUCAAACUCGUACUUCCAUGCGCGACGAUCUCAAGUGCGCCAGAUCCUGAGCGGACAAGAUGUCAUAGGAUGGAAUGCUUUCGUGGCACAAAUGCGAGAGACAUACGUCAGUGUCUCAGGAUACCCUCGGGCACCUCGAUCACUUGCAAGACGUCAGCGCGGUCACGCUUGCGACAGCUCGAAUGGGCUACUGAGCCUCAUUGAGAGAAGUUGGAACACCGAGUGGAUCCUGGACGUGGAUGAGGUAUGGUGGCAGCCUAGCCAACCGGCUGUGAAGGCUGGCGAUGAUUACAGUGCCAACAGCGACAAGUUCGCCGUACCUGUAAACAACGCCGCCACCACCACCACCACCGAUGACGUCGCUAGUGACGAUUCGCUCUCGGUGUUGACAAUCUUCCAGCUCAUUUCGCAGAUACUGCGUCUAGAGUUGGUCUUGGACAUCCAAUCGAGCACGUUGCAUCUUCGCUCGAAGCUGAGCGUAGCAGGACCACUUGAUUUCAUGCGCGUAGUCUUGGACGGAAAAGAACGCACGUUUUCGCAGUUUCCAAAUGGAGUGGCGUCAGCCAUCAAUCCUGGCGCACAUGGAGACUACGUCGGCGAGAUGCGGGUUGAAGGACCCGAUCGACUCGUGGCGUAUCUGCAGAUUUUUAGCUGGUCUGUGUCAGGCGAUGACUCAUCCUACAACAUUUGUGCGCGGAUCGAAUGCUGGCACAGCCGUCGACUGUGCAUUAGUGGUGACGUUUUAGCAACCACUCUGUCUGGGGCUCUCGAAGAUGGUGGUGGGGCAGCAUUCUUUGGCGAAAUGCCUUUGUGGAAGAAGCAAGAGGCCGUUCUCAGAGCCCAUGAAGCCAGUCUACUGAAAGAUAGUUCAAGCGUAGGACCAUGGAGAGAAUUAGGCAAGUUUCGUUUGAGUUACGCGACGAUGUAG